ACUAUCUCUGAUUGUUUACAUCUUUUUAUUUUGUUGGUUACUCUUUCAACUCUAUUUCAGAGAUUUAAUUGUGAAAUGAGCGUUUGAAUAUUUGUUAUCAAAUUACGAGUUUUAAAUUGUUAAGUGAAUUAUAUGCCUUGUAAAAUGUAUUCAAGUGUAAGAAAAUUCGGAACUCUUUCUAAACAUAUUCCAAGUGCUUUUGACAUCGCUAUUGUUGGUGGAGGAACUGCUGGUAUGAAUAUUGCUUGGAAACUUGGACGUUAUUACAAAAAACUGAAUAUCGCUCUUAUUGAACCCUCUUUAUUUCACUAUUAUCAACCAAUGUGGACUUUAGUCGGAGCCGGUAUUAAAAAUUUUGAAUCAUCUGUAAGCAAUUUUUCUGAUUUGACUCGAAACUUGCGGAUUGUAAAGCUGAGAGAUAAAACUGUAGAGUUUAUUCCCGAAGAGAACUGUAUAAGAUUGGCGACAAAAGGCUACCUUCGUUACAAUUAUUUGGUUGUUUGUACGGGUAUCGAAUUGGAUUUUCAAAGAAUAAAAGGAAUUGACGAAGCUUUCCAGAAGGAUAACGUCUGCUCAAAUUAUUCUCCCGAUACUGUUCAAAAGACAUGGAAGUGUUUACAAAACAUGGAAUCAGGAAACGCUAUUUUUACGUUUCCAAAUACACCCAUUAAAUGUGCUGGUGCACCACAGAAGAUAAUGUAUCUAGCUGAAGAUUACUGGAGAAAGACAGGAAAACGAGAUAAUAUCAAUAUUUUAUUCAAUUCAUCUUUACCUGGAAUAUUCUCUGUUCCGAAAUAUGCGAAAAGUUUAAAUGAAAUUAUCGAGAAAAGAGGAAUAAAAACCAACUUCCGGCAUAAUUUGAUUGAGAUAAAAGCAUCCGAAAAUGUAGCAGUCUUCGAAAACCUUGACACUGGAGAUAAAGUUCCUUUUGAAUAUGGAAUGAUUCAUGUAACGCCUGCUCAAAAACCAUCCGAAAUUCUUAAACCUAUUGGUGAUCAAGCUGGUUUCGUCGAUGUUGAUAAAUACACUUUACAACAUGUAAAGUAUCCUAAUAUCUUUUCUCUUGGAGAUUGUAGCAAUUUACCGACUUCUAAAACGGCUGCAGCAGUAGCAAGUCAAUCAGGAAUACUUUUCUGGAAUCUUGUGAACGUUAUGGCUGGUCGGGAUCCACCAAUGAAGUAUGACGGUUAUUCCUCAUGUCCAUUGGUAACUAGUUACAGCAAAUGUAUUUUGGCAGAGUUUGAUUAUGAUUUGAAACCAAAAGAAACUUUCCCUGUAGAUCAGGGAAAAGAAAGACGAUCAAUGUUUAUUAUGAAAAGUACUUUUAUGCCACUUCUAUAUUGGUUCCUCCAUGUUACGGGACGAUGGUCUGGACCUGGAAAACUCAGGAAACUAUUAAGAUUUGGCCUAUCUGAUUAGUUAUGGUUGUUGGUUCGAAAUCGUCUAUUUUCUAUCUUUUUAAUGAGGGAAACCCUCUGUUCGGUAAAGGACAAGUUCACCUUUUUUAGUUGAUCCGAGAUUAAAUACUUUAACAAAGACCAGAAUGAGAUUUACUCGAAUAGUUAAACUUACAAUGAAAUUGAGGUUUAUUACUGAAAUCAAAUUUAAAAUGUGUAGGCCUUGAUUACAAAAAACCUUCAUUGGGUAUAAAAUGAUUCAAAAAUGUUGCAAGUUGUAAAUUCAUGUUGAAUAUAUUAUUAAAUUUAAUUUACAAAAUUUA